AUGGCUAAUGAUGGAGAUGUUGAACAACCUGCACCUACUGUGGCUGAAACUCCCAAUCAACCAAUUGUUGAUACUAGUAGCCCUUUUUACAUGCAUCCCUCUGAUAAUCCGGGAAUAGCCCUAGUACCUGUUCCAUUUGAUGGUUUUGAUCCAGAUUCCUCAAGCUAUCGAUUGUGGGAGAGAUGUGAUGAUUUGGUGACUUCAUGGAUUUUGAAUUCCUUGGCAGAGGAGAUUGCAGACAGUGUUGAAUAUGUGACAGAUGCAAUCGAGUUGUGGAAAGAGCUUGAAGAUCGAUAUGAUCAGACUAAUGGAACAAAGCUCUACCAAAUUCAAAAGGAGAUUAACGACUUAUCUCAAGGAGAACUUGACAUUACUGGCUACUAUAUAAAAAUGAAGAAGUUGUGGGAGGAACUCACUACUCUAAUUACCAAAUCUCAUUUCACAUGCAAUUGCACAUGUGGAGCAAGGGAAAGUUCUAGGGGAAAUAGAGGAGUGACUAAUGCACAUGUAACAGCCACAGAUACUCAACAUACAGGUGAUGAGAACUAUAGUGCUCAAAAUGCCCCUUCAAUGAAGAGGCCUCUAGUGAUUGGUAGAGUCAAAGAUGGACUCUACAUCUUGUGUCCAAGGUGCUUGAAGAACAACAGUACAAGUCCUGGAGCAAGUGUCAUUGAUUUCCUGUCCACUCCUGUCACUCACUGCACUUGUAACACACAGUGUCCACUUCAUUCUAUUGUAAAUACAAUAUCUCAUGCCAAUAAGUGUGUUUUCUCAUCUUCAAUUGUAAAUAGUCCAAGUGCAGGUAAUGAAAAACAGUUUCUUUCUGAGAAUUUAUUUUCUAAUUGUUCUAGUCCUUCUUCUCAUCUGUGUGUUGGAAACCAUGUGGAUGUUCUGUGGCAUAACAGACUUGGACAUGUUCCCUUUGUAAAAAUGAAAAACAUUUCCUCUUUCCCGGUUACCUUUUCCCCCAAACAAUCCUUCAAUUGCACCAUCUGCCCAAUGGCUAGACAGGAAAGACUCCCAUUUCCUCAGAAAACCAAUACAACCAAUAAGAUUUUUGAACUUCUACAUAUUGACUUAUGGGGACCAUAUCAUGUGCCCACACAUGACAAGUAUAAAUAUUUCAUGACUAUUGUGGAUGAUUUUAGUAGGACUACUUGGACUCAUCCUCUAUCCAGUAAAAGCAAUGCUUAUCAAGUCCUUAAAGGAUUUUUCAAUCUGGUGGAAAAUCAAUUUGGAGUAAAGGUUAAAGCUGUGAGAACAGACAAUGGGCUGGAGUUCACCAACACAGAGACAAACAUACUAUUUCAAUCCAAAGGUAUCAUACAUCAAAGAACUUGCCCUUACACCCCACAACAAAAUGGGAUGGUGGAGAGAAAAUAUAAAUACCUCCUUGAGACAGCUAGGGCUCUCCUCUUUCAGUCUAAAUUGCCCCAAAAAUAUUGGGGUGAAUGCAUUCUCUGUGCAACUUUCAUUAUAAACAGGUUGCCUUCCACUUCUAUCAAUGACCAAACUCCAUAUGAACUGUUAUAA